AUGUCUACCGAACAAAUCAGAAUUCCUCUUGGAAAACCCGGUGAUUUUCAUGUUCACCUUCGCCAGGGUGAUCUUAUGAAGAUCGUCACCCCUACAAUUACCCAGGGUGGUGUUUCUAUUGUUUACGUUAUGCCUAACCUUGUCCCUCCCCUCAUUGAUGUUGAUGCCGUCUUAGCUUACAAGGCUCAACUUCAGGAGCUGUCGCCCGAAACUACCUUCCUUAUGUCUCUUUAUCUUCGCCCUGAGAUUACUCCCGAGGUCAUUGCUCAGGCUGCUAAGGCUGGCAUUACCGGUGUCAAGUGCUACCCUGCAGGCGUUACCACCAACUCUGCCGCUGGUGUUUCUUCCUAUGAACCCUACUACCCUACCUUCAAGGCCAUGGAGGAACAUAAUAUGGUUCUCAAUUUGCACGGUGAGUGCCCCUCUGGUGAUGACAUUACUGUUCUCAAUGCUGAGCACAAGUUCCUGCCCACUCUUGCCGGUCUUCACUCCAGAUUUCCUAAGCUUCGCAUCAUUCUUGAACAUUGCACUUCUAAGGCUGCCGUUGAUGCUGUUCUUGCUUGUGGUCCUACUGUCGCUGCUACUAUCACUGCCCACCAUCUUUUCCUCACUGUUGACAGUUGGGGUGGCAAUGCUUUGAACUUUUGCAAGCCUGUUGCUAAGCUGCCUUCCGAUCGUACUGCUCUGAUUGAGGCUGCCACUUCCGGCAAUCCCAAGUUCUUUUUUGGCUCUGACUCGGCCCCUCACCCUGUUUCUGCUAAGCGCAAGGAGCUUGGUGCUGCUGCUGGUGUUUUCACUCAGCCUUACGCUAUCCAAUACGUUGCUGAGAUUUUUGACAAUGCUGGAAAGCUUGACAAGCUGAAGGGCUUUGUCACUGAUUUUGGCAGAGAUUUCUACCAAACUUCCGAGGAUAAGGAUGUUGGCAAAAAGUCUGUCACUUUGGUCAAGGCUGAUACUGUUGUUUCUGAGUCUAUUGGCGCUGAAGACUUGACUGUUAUUCCUUUCUUGGCUAGCCAGUCUCUUAAGUGGACUGUUGAAUGGGAGUAA